ACAUCCAAGGUGGCUAAUUUCACCAGUCAAAGAGGUGUCGUUUCAAAUCAAAAUACAUUCCAGUGCGUUGCGGAGAGUGGAAGGCGACGACCAAAGCCGAACAUGGAGUUUUGCUGUUGUCGAACACAUUUAUGCAACAAAAAGGUGUCAAUACGAGUUGUGGACGAGUCCUCGCGAGAUGACAAUGUUGUUGCCUACGUUAAUGGGACCGCUAAAACUGGUCCGAUGUCACGUUGGGUUGACAACAUGUGGUUUGUGACGCUAUUCGGUCUUAUCGCCAUAUGUGUAGUUGGCUGUCUGCUGGUCUUCUCUGUGGUCUAUCGAUGGUGCUGGCAGAGUCGCGAUAAAGCUAAGACUCAGACAGUCACAGUUUCUCAGCAAAGCGAGACGUACGCUCUUUUGAACUGUGCCGCUACACGUCCCACCUUUGAAAUUACUGAUUUGAAGCACGUUGCCAGCGGUCGAUUUGGCGAUGUCUUCAGCGCCGUUUACCGAAGUGGCGAUCGUGUUGUAGAUGUGGCCGUGAAGGUGUUGAAAGAUGAGGAAAGCUGGCAUGCCGAACAGGUGAGGUGA